GCACUUUCCUUUUCGGCGCGGGGAGGAGCGGCAGCUGCGCAGGCGUUCCUCGCACCCUGUUGAUUACUCAGUGCUGGGAUGGCGCUUCCUGGGCCAGCGGCGGCGCCGGGCGGCCCCGGGCGGUCCCGGGGGGCGGCGGGAGCAGCCGGGCUGCCUUCCCCUUCUGCCUAGCACGGCAUGCCCCGGCGCUGAGCGAGCCUCCAUCCCUCCCUCCCUCCGCGGCGGUGGGAGCUCCCCGGCUCCGGGAAGAUGGACCCGCCGCUGGGCUGCAGCCUCAAGGAUGUGAAGUGGAGCGCGGUGGCUUUGCCCUUGGACCUGCUCGUCAGCACCUACCGCCUCCCGCAGCUCGCCCGGCCGGACAGCGGAGAAAGCAUAGAAGGCCUUCGAGAGAGCGAUUAUCUUCUGAUUCAUUCAUGUCGGCAGUGGACAACAAUUACAGCUCACAGUCUGGAGGAGGGCCACUACGUCAUAGGGCCAAAGAUAGAAAUCCCUGUACAUUAUGCAGGGCAGUUUAAGCUGCUGGAACAAGACCGAGAUAUUAAGGAGCCAGUGCAGUAUUUUAACAGUGUGGAGGAGGUGGCUAAAGCAUUUCCUGAACGAGUUUACGUCAUGGAGGACAUAACGUUCAACGUUAAGGUGGCUUCAGGUGAAUGCAAUGAAGAUACUGAGGUUUACAACAUUACCCUUAGUACUGGGGAUGAGCUUACUUUAAUGGGGCAAGCAGAAAUCCUUUAUGCAAAGUCUUCUAAGGAGAAGUCGCGACUCAACACCAUCUUCAAAAAAAUUGGGAAACUUAAUUCAAUUAGUAAGCUAGGCAGAGGCAAAAUGCCCUGCCUUAUCUGCAUGAACCACAGGACCAAUGAAAGCAUCAGUCUCCCCUUCCAAUGUAAGGGCAAGUUUAGCACUCGCAGCCCACUGGAGGUGCAGAUGCAAGAAGGUGAGCACACAAUUCGCAAUAUAGUAGAAAAGACCAGACUGCCUGUUAAUGUGACUGUGCCGAGUCCUACACCAAGAAACCCUUAUGACCUGCAUUUUAUCCGUGAAGGGCACAGGUACAAGUUUGUCAACAUUCAAACCAAGACUGUGGUGGUUUGUUGUGUGCUUCGUGGCAACAAAAUUAUUCCCAUGCAUUUUCCCUUGCACUUGACACUUCCAAAAUUUAUUCUACCCGACAGUUUGGUGAAGGGGGAGCCAUGGCACGAAUCUCUCAUCCAGCACUGGUUUAAUAUAUGCCAGGAACAGUUUGACAUAGAUGAGUAUUCCCGUGCCGUGCGAGAUGUGAAAACUGACUGGAAUGAUGACUGCAAGAGCCCAAAGAAGAGCCGAUGCACAGGGCACAGCCAUGUGCCAAACUCCCUCAGCUAUGCACGGGAUGAGCUUACACAGUCCUUCCACCGGCUUUCAGUGUGUGUCUAUGGAAACAACUUGCAUGGGAAUAGUGAAGUGAACCUCCACGGCUGUAGAGACUUGUGUAAUGAGUGGGCCCUAUUUUCUCACGAUGCUCUUCAGUAUCAGGAGUCUGGUGACAGUAGCAGCGAUUACCUUUUUCCUGAAGUUAGUGAAGAAUCGAUGUUUCUGCCUACAAAACCAGAGCUUCCUUAUGAAGAGCUAUGGUUGGACCAAGGGUCUGGAAAGGCUGGUGACCAGCCUCUCACUCGCUCACUAAGUGAGAAGAACAAAUGUGACAACUACAGAGGGUCUUUCCGAUCAAAGUGUGGUACUGCAUCUCUUCCUAUGCCUGCAACUGUUGGAGCAAACACAAAGUCUUCAGAUGUUUCCCUACCUCCACCUCCAGUGCCUCCCAAAUCAGAAGCAGUAAAAGAAGAAUGCAGGCUCCUGAAUGCUCCCCCCGUCCCACCACGGAGUUCAAAGCCGUCCUCUAGCAGUCCUUCCAUCCCUCCUCGCACAGUCAAACCUGCACGACAACAGACCCGCUCUCCUAGCCCUACUCUGUCUUACUACUCAUCGGGACUGCACAACAUCAAUAUCACAGAGGGUGACAACACCAACCCGACUGAGAGCACACCUGUCUCCUGCUACCCAUGUAAUAGGAUGAAAACCGAAUCCAAAGACCCUGAAAGCACGAUGCCUUUGGGGAGCCCCUCAGCUGAAGCUCUGCCUUCAAGGUUAUCUUGGCCAAACCACCUUUCAGGAGGUGCCGAAGACCUGAACAGGAGCGAUUUCCUGCUUGAACCAAGCAGGAGCUAUAGUUACCCCAGACAGAAGACUCCAGGCACACCAAAGAGAAACUGUCCAGCACCUUUGACUUUUGACUUCGAUGGGUGUGAGCUGCCGGCGGGAUGCUCCCCGCUGACUUCGGCAGAGUUCACGAACACCAUCUCUAGCUGUCCAAAGUCGGCAAGCUACUCUCUAGACUGCACUGAUGAGAAAGCUCUGGGAGUGAGCAAUGCAAAGCAGAGCCAUUCGUGUCCUGCCUUACCUCCUCGGGCACCGAAGACGAGUGAAGAGAAACCGGUUACAGACAUGUGUCCCUUGCCACUGAAAAUAGAUGGUGCUGAGGAGGAGUUGAAAUCUGAUUCUCCAGACCUCUUGGAAGAUCAGUAUCUCGUUAAAAAGGGCAUGCAGGAUACGUUCUCUGUGUCUUAUCCCUUCUCAUCUCCCCUCCACCUCCAGUUAGCUCCAAGGUCUUGUGGGGAUGGCUCUCCCUGGCAGCCACCUACGGACCUUUCUGGACUCUCAAUAGAGGAAGUGUCUAAAUCGCUGAGGUUUAUUGGCCUAUCAGAAGAUGUCAUAUCAUUUUUUGUUACAGAGAAAAUUGAUGGCAAUUUACUGGUUCAGCUUACAGAAGAAAUCUUGUCUGAAGACUUUAAGCUAAGCAAAUUGCAGGUUAAGAAAAUACUGCAGUUCAUUAAUGGCUGGCGGCCCAAGAUGUGAUGCCAACUAGUUAUUGGUGAAACUGUACGAGAUGUGCGUGAUGCACUUCAGCUAGUACAUCACUUCCUGUUUUUUGCACUAUAAGCCCUUCCUGUAAAUAGUAGUAGAAAAAUUCUUACUAUGCAGAUAACCGUUUUUGAGUGGUGAACAGAUUUUUUUUUUGUAUGUCAAUAAUAAAGGUGGCAGAGGUGUGCCUUGCGCAUCCCUGAACAUUCAACAGCUGCUAAAAACUGGACACUAAGGGAACUUUUACUCUGUAGUCUGUUAAGACUUUGUUGUAUUUAUUACUGAACAAUCUGAUGCUGAAAGACACACACCAAUCCAGUUUACAGUUUUGUGUUAACUGCAAAAAAAAUGUAUUUCUUACAGGAUUAUUUCUGUUCAAAUAAUAUUUGGCAACAUGCUGUGACUUCUUUCUGUUUCUGUUAACAAAAAGCAUAUUUAGAUAUACAAAACCAUUUUGACACUACAUCUGAAAAUGUUAGGAAUUGCUGUGAAGUGCCACUAAUACACUAUUCUUGCAGCGUAUUUUUAUUAACAAUAUCCUCCUGACUACCUGUAAUGUGGAUACAUUUUCCAUGUUACUUUGAGCAAAAAGAGUUAAGCAAGACUCUUGUUUUAAAAACAUUUAACUCAUUGCCCAGAGGGGAGGGAAAAAGGGGGAUAUUCCUACUGAGCCACCCUGCCCUGGCCAAUUAAAAGUUUAUGACCUGUAGAUUUCAAACGUUGGUAGUCAGAUGGCUGGAGUAAGGAGCACAACUUCUGGUUGUGCAGCUUUCUCGUGAGAAAGGCAAUUCAGUGCAUAGGCUCUUCCUUCGGCAGAUGCUGCCUACGGCAGUGGGCUGCUAGUACCACACUUGCUGUAGCCUUGCUCUGGCGAAAGGGAACCCCUUGUAUUUCCUCUGCUGCUGGUAUGACCAUCUGAAAAUGCACUCAAUGUGCUGUUCUGUUCCUGUGGUCGGAUCUGUGUGGGAAGGUGAUAAUACUCCUGUAGGAUGCCUUUGAAAUAAAGAAGUAGCAUGGCAGGGAGCAGAAACAGCAUUUGGCAUGCUGGUAAGAGGGGACCAAGUGAGGGUUUGGGCUAAGUCCUGGGAAAACCUUGUGAUGUUUAAGUUCACCUGUCUUGUUUGCAGCAGGCUAGGAGGACGUGAGUAUCAAAAGUAGGAGGGACUGUAGAAUUGUGAGAUGUGCUAGUGCAUUUGCCCAUCUGCAAUAGAUGAAAGAUGCCACACACAAGUAGCAGUCAAAAGGGAGCACAGAGAUGGGAAGGGCACAUUUGGCUUCCCCGGAGACCUUUCAAAUUUAACUGCUCAGAAGGCUAGAUACAGGAUUAACUUUUGACAGUCCUUUGCUGAUUUUCUGUGCUUGGCAGAGCUCUCCAAAGUGUGUCUGAAUAACCCCAGGAUCCUCUGCUUUUGUAAUUCUGAAUGCAAGAAUUUGUGAUGGUCGUCAGGAACAUGUCUGAGACGUCCAUCCUCAGCAACUGUGUGUACCCACGAUCCUCAAGAGCUGUGGAGGCUGGAGCAGCUUCACCUGCUGCUGAGCAGACCUCUCACAAGGGUGACAGCUUCGCCUGCCUUUUUUACCUUUUUGAACUACAAAGAUUCUCUCUCCAUUGUAGGGCACAUAGUGGGAGCAUCAAGAGAAAACAACGAGGGGGGGGAAAAGGAGGCUGAUUUUGCCCGUUUUCUCAACCAGAUCGAUAAAUUAAAAAUAAUUUAUUUGCCAAUGGAGUUUUCUGUUGCCUGGGCGAAUUUCAUGUCAUGUCUUCAUGCUGAAGCCAGGAUACAUCAUUUGUCUUACAAUAAUGCAAACCGCCAGUUCUCAGCCAGAGAGCAAAGCCCAAUUGAUGUGGGUAUGAGAAAGCAGUCAGCCAAAAAAUGUCCCAAUAGAAAAACCCCGUGAGUUCAUAAUCCUGCUCUUUUUAUUAAUGUAUUGACUUGUAGCAACAGAUGAAUAGCUUUCUCCAGAUGCUUUAAUUAGUGUCCUCAAAUAUUUUAGCUGCAAGUAUGAAUAAAUGAAAUUCGAACACUGUUCAGAUGUCUGUGUUUGUUGGUAGGCACGUGAAGUUGAAGUAAAUCACAUUUUAACCUUCGCUAUGCGAAAUGGACAUUCGAAUUUGACAGGGCCAAAUUUUAAAUCUCAUAGAAUUAUUAAGGUUAGAAAAGAUCUCUAAGAUGAAGUCAAAUCAUCAAUGCAAUACCAACAUGCCUACUGAAAUCGUGUCCUGAAGUGCCACAUCUGCACGUUUGUUUAAUACCUCAGGUGAUAGUGACUCUACCACUUCCCUGGGCAGCAUGUUCCCAACACUUCAUCACUCUUUCAGUAAAGAAAUUUUUCCUAAUAUCCAAUCUAAACCUCCCCUGCUGCAACUUGAGGCCAUUUCAUCUUGUCCUGCUCUUCUACUCGUUGAGUACCAGUCUUCAUUUGGCUUGGCUUGGCUUAUUAAUUCCACAUUAAAAAAAGUAAAAUAUCUUUCCCACUUGAAAAAAAGAAGAGAUUGAAGUCUUGGUAAUAUUAACAUUAAAUAUUUUGGAUGCCCCCAGGAUAUUAACAUCCCUGAGAAAACAGUGUUCUUUGAGUAUGGAUGGAUACUUAUUCUGUUAUCAAUGCUUGGAAUGUUUUUUUCUUGCAAACAGCCUAGUGGAGUUUGCAUUCAUGACUGUGCUGCAUUAACAUCACAUAUGCAUAGACCAAUAUACGACUGUCCUGUUGAAAGGCCCAGAAUGUGCAAUGUUUUACAGAUCCUGUAUGUGAAAGUACAGCUAAAACCUCUAAUUGCAAAUUUUCUGUUUAUGUCCUUCCAGUUGUCUUGUUCUGGCUUAGUGCAUUGCUUACUUAUUUUUAUGCGUAAUGUGUCAGCAUUUGACCUUUUCUUUUGCCGUCAGCAGCGUAUCACCUUGAUUUUCCAAGCCUUUUUUAUCGUCUUAUGUGUUCUUAACCUCUGUGUUGUGUGAAUUAUGUGACUGCCAUGCUCAGCCACCUGCUGUGAUGCCCAAGUUGGACUGAAGCCUCUGCUCUGGUGAAAUCAAGAGAGUGAUGAGCAAACCAGGCAGCUGGAAUGUGGUGGCUCAGCCUCUCCACUGCUGAUACAGUGGUAGCCGGAUACAGCAGCACUGUUGCUGAUGGGAUCUAAUGUAUUUGCUUUCUUCUUGAGCUUCACUGCCAUAGUGUUAGGGGGUCAGGACCAUCUGUGGCGCUGUAGAAGGCAGUCUGAACAAGGCGGACUGAUGUGAACACAUUAGUCUCACUGGAAGUCCUUGGCAAUAAGGGGAUGGUGGCACCUUUGAAAUGGGGCAGGAGCGGUGGAGUCCCUCAGGCUUUAGCAGAGAACCACACAGUCUCUUUAGAAGGAUGCGUUGUAAAACCUAGAGACUUUGAUCUGUAAAAGUUUACAAAAUGCUGCACCGCUUAGGGUACUUUGAGAGUGGAGGGUUACUUCAAUGUUUCCUACUGUGAUUAUUAAGUGUCUGAAAGCUCUGGGGAAUAUCUGUGAUAUGGACUUUUUAUCAGCUGAUGUGAAUAGGAGGAGACAGCACUCAGCAUUUGAUAGGACUUGCAAACCAUACUAGCAAAACAGACAGCACCCAGCCACGGGCAUGCUCCUCGGGGGUUCCCUUGCUGCUGAACUCUUGAAGUGGGUUCUUGCCUGGUUUUGUGCAACCCAACCAGCCUGUGCAAUGAGUGAUCCCAAACAGCUCCCAAGAGCAGCUCGGAGGUUAGCAAUGGGUGAAACCAGCCUCGUUUUGGAGAAUAAUGGGGUUAAAGCACGUUGAUGCAAGCUGUGUUGGCUGUCCUUGGGGCCUGAGAGUGGGCUCUGGCCCAUUUUUUAACAGACAUAUAGCCACUGAGUUCAGACAGCGUGUGUUGUGCUGAAAUGGGCCUAAAAUCUCUUACUUUUUGGAGGCAAUUUACUAAAAUAAGCUGAUUCUAACCUUGGAUUUCUUUCCUCAGAUUUUGUAAAUGUAAGGCCUAUGGUGCUUAUUUAAUUACCUGUGUUCUGAAGCUGUGUGUUUCCUCAGGGUUUUUGUUUGUCUGAGGAUUGCAAUAGCAAAAAAAACCAGGUGUGCCGUUUGGUAUGGAGCUGUCUGUUUGUCCUGCGCCAGGAAACACAUCCUUUCUAUGCAACAAUCAUGUGAUGGUGCAAGGACUGAUGCUGCCUUCAUCAGUGGUGAAAGCUGGAUUCUGACAUGGGUUCUUCUCUAGAAGUGGACACAGAAUUGGCGUGGGGGGACAGGGAGGAAACUUGAAGGGAAGUACAGGUUUCCUUUAAACGCUCGUUGUGCCUAGGAUUAAGAUUCUUUGUGUUGCUACCUGGUUAGCUAACCAAAGCUGUACUGAAAUCAACUCAAAGUGCAUAUUUACAUUCUUAUUCUUGCUGUAUUGUAAAAAUUGCCCACAGCUAGAAACUUAGAGACUGAAAACAUUUGAUCCAUCCAAAAUUCAAAAGAAAAUGUAUUUCAAAGUGUUCUUUGCAGCUUGAAGCAGGAGUUUGAAGUAACUGUGUAUUACAUAGGGUUUUUUCCAAUACAACAGUUUUACUUGCAACUUGCCACAACAGCUUCAGGAGAAACAACAUAAAUAGUGAGGCUGUCUCAAAACCCACUGUGUUUCAAAUCUGUCUAUAAAUACUUGAAGCGUUUUCUCUGUUUUCUUCUUGAAUCAAAUCCUUCAUCAUCUCCCCACUAAAUAAAGUGUGCUGGCACCAGCUACUUGCGUGCUGCCCAGCGGGAUACCUGCCUGCAACACAGGUCAGCAAUAUCCUGCCUGCGGGCCAGACAGGGAAUAUGCCACACUACUAAAAAGCCUAACACCAGUCCUGUGUGAAAGGACUAGGGCUUAGUCCAGCUCUCGUAGUUCCUCUUUUCAAUGCUUUGAAAUCACAGCACUCCCAUAUACAGGCUAGAAGGUACGAAUGAAAUCUUAAUGGAAGUGAAGGACCUUGUAUUUGUGGUAUUAGGGGUGGCAGGGCAGUAGGGAAAUGCAGGCCCCUUGUAGACACCUAGCAAUAAAUGACUCUUCAUUUCUUUUGUCUUAAACUCCUAGUAGUCCAGGAGUUGUUCAGACUUUACCGUUUCUGUGUGUAAUAAACAAAUUUUCAGUGUGAAGAUCUGCAGAAUGAUUCUCCUGUCUUAGACAAUCUUCUGAAUUAUAUUAAAAAUAUCUGUUAGUUCUUAGCUCUUUAGAUUCACUUUGGGUAGAUCAAAAAAGUAACACUUGGGGGAAAAAAUAAGAGAAAGCCUCAAUACUUUGGCUUAGUAAAUUUCUGUUUUGAAACGAAGCAUGUUUUUUGUGGAAUUAUGUGCUGUUUUGGGCUUUUGUGUAAAAGGCUGAAGGCAGAUUAUUAUUUAAACCAGGUGCAAAUAAAUAUUCCUGUAAUGUAUAUGAACAAAUCUAAACCGUGUAUUGUAAGUACAUAAACUGUAUAUUAAAGACACUAUUUUCAUGAUAUUUCAAACAUGUACAGAAUUCAUUGUACUAAGUUGGUUGGGUUGCACAUACUAUAUAAAAUGGUUGGGUUUCAUUUAGUAAUUUCACUGACUUAUUCUCUUGCUCAUCUCAGUGUAACUCAGAAAUAACCACUUCUCAAAUACCGAAUUCACUAAGUAAGAUUGGAAUAAUUGAGAGAAGCAAUCAGGCUUUUGCUUUUAACUUCUGAAGACACGUUACUUUUUCUUGUCUUGUAAUUUCAGUUGAUCCCCUUCAGCAAGAGUAUCGAGCUGUGUGUUCCCCAAAGAAUUUGUUGUCAGACAGCUUUCCUGUCUCCAGCAGACAUUUACCUAAAACAUUAUUUUCCUGAGCCCCGAGUCUAUUAUUUUUGUUUUAGGGCAAUUUAUUCAAUUGUAAUUUGGAAAUACUUUUUAUGCGCAAGUAUUUCUGCUGUGCAAAAAGCUUCUGAAGCAUUUAUUGGGUGGAAAGAAAAUUAGAGACAAAACAAUAUUGUGCUCUAGGUUGUCUCUUCACUUUUUCUCAAUAUUGGCAUUAGAGGGAAAGGUUAGCUCCACGACCAUCCACGUGUCAUGCAGAUAAGUUGCUGUUGUGCCGAAUUCCCGUUGGAUUGAAGCUUCAUUUGCUGAUACUAUGCCAAAAGAAAGUUCACCCUAGCACAACAGUAGUUGCAGAGGGUUUUAUGGAGGGAUUUAUUAAUAUGUAUAUGAGAAAUAAAGCAGGACAGAAUCUGCCACAGUGGUUUCCAUUGGAUUUGAGACAGAUGGGAUUUACUCGCCUCCAACCCUCCCAUCUGGGAGAGGGGAGAAGUGCGUGUGGAGGUAGGAUGUGCAUCAUGUUGAGGGGGGAACAGAGAAAAGCAGAAUUGCUUUCACAAGUUAACAAAAAUCUCAUUCACCGUGAGUGGGGCUGUCUAGUGAACAACUCUGCUCAGCUUUUCAAAGAGGAGAAAGGAAAAUAUUUAAGUUUUUGAAUGGUCUAGUCUAUUUGGCUCCAGGCUGAGUGGAAGUGUCUGCGGGAAAGUAUUUGAUGCGUGAAGAGGAAAGGAAGGGCUUUAGCCCAAGUCAAAAACUCCUGUCUCCCUAUCAGAAAAGUGCUCUUCUAAGGCAGAUGGUUUCUGUUUGUUUGUAUUGUAAUAGUCAUUGAGCCUGACAUAAAUCUGUCUGACUCUGGUCACUAUGGCUACCUACAAAUAUGAAUAUAAGGAAUACAGACAGGGGAGGGACCUGAAAAUGCAUCUCUUCUCUUUGGGAAAUCCAAGCUUAAUGCUUAUGAACAUGCCACUCCUCUUGGUGUGAUACGUUCACUAGUUAGACCUCCCCUAGAUUUGUUAGGCAUGUAUGUACCUUGUUCUUCUCACAGGGGCUCCUGUCCCUGAAUUGAGUUGCUCUGGGAUUUGGGAUACUGAGAGAUCCUGAUGUUCUGCUUCUCGACUAAUCACUGAAGUCCUUAGUUGCAGCAGGCUGUGCUAGCUCAGGUCAUCACUAGCUUGGGGCACUCUACACCGCACUCUGUUGCCCAGGUAUAAACAUGCUUUAUGUCACCAGAUGCACACGUCAUAUGCAACCACUUUCUUCUGUGUAAACCUGCAGACCUGGGCAAAGCUCUCCUGAUCUUCCUUUGUUUCUUGCCAAGAGCAGAUCAAAGAAUCACAGAAAAUUGUUUGGGUGGAAAGGGACCUUUAAAGGUUGUCUAUUUCAACCCCCUCUGCAAUAAGCAGAGACAUCUUCAACUAGGUCAGGUUGCUCAGAGCCUCGUCCAACCUGACCUUGAAUAUUUCCAGAUGAUGGGAUCUGCCAUUGCAGAACAAAUGGAAAAUCUGAGCUGCUCAGGCAUUUGCCCUAGCUGAUUUUUCCCAUGAAUGCCUGCUGGACCAUUUCCCCAGCAGCCUUUUUCCCAUAGCAGCAUGAUUUCUAGGGCUUCCCUUGACACCCCUUGCUAACCACUGCCUCUGCCUCUAUGGGCAGAUGCUGGAAUGGCAGCUCUGGUUGUUGUGCAAAAACUUGAGAUUAAUUGUAUUCUGUAUAUAGAUUUAUUUAUUUUUUUCUUCUCUUGCUUGUGGCUGUCACACUCAGCAAAUAUCAAUUUUUGUUGAAAGUUUUUAUGUUUUUAUUCAGUUGCCUGGAUCCAGUGUUCCUCCAUUCUCAGGACAGUGUCGCUAUUCGUUUUCACUCAGCACAAUGAAGAGCUGACACGAAGACUGAUUUUCAGAAGGUGGUGUCUUCUCCCCAUUCUUGCUAUCAGAUUCCAAAGGUGCAAAGCUCAAGAUGGGUAAGCAGGCUGCAGCAAUGUAUGUACAGAAAUAUGACCCAAAUCUUUAUUUAUUCCUCAACAUGACCUCAAAAGUACUUGACUCCUGAGUGGGACAAAAGGAAUUUGAUGCCAAACGUGCUUUGGAUUAAGUAAAAACCAUUCCUCACAAAGAGUCUAGGGCAGGAGGAAGAAGAAUAAAAGGAAAGAAAAUAGGGAAGAAAGAGAAAAGAUAUUUAAGGUGCCAAGUCUAGGGAGUUGGCAAUGAAGCAGAAAGAUGUGUCCUUUUGUUUUGUGUGGCAGUGGCUGCUGUAGUACUUGUAUGUGCCACACAGUGUCAGACUGGCCCACAGCCACAGAAGAUGAAACCAGCUGUAGGGGUUGCAGAGGAUGAUACAUGAGCUGAGGGAUCUCAUUAGGACUUUCUGCCAACCCCAUAGAAGCUCUGCCAUGAGAAGGAGCUGUUUUAAUUGCACUGUUGCUAUUCUAUUAUACAGUAUUGACAAUUGUUCUUAAUGAAUAUGGGGAUCAGCGAGGCAGGUCUCCAGGGCUGGGUUUCCAGUAGAUUAGUGCAAACAGAAAGCAGGAGGAAACUCUAAUUGGUUGACACCGUAAGAACUGGCAGAAGUUCUGGCAGUGCUCUGAAGAACUACAUAUAUCUUGGCUGGCCUUAUCUGUUUAACUGCAGCUCUGCAAGCAGGAGAAAUGUAUGACAGCUAGAAACUACUCUAAAUGCUAACUCGGUAUAGCCUUUGCUCUUGAAGAAUGAAGCACAGCCCAUCCUUUUAACCAGCCCUCCAGGUUCCUCCUGAAGUCAAUGCAGGGGAGAGGGUUUAUCCUUCAAAAAGACUGGAAAAUCAUACUGGAUUACUAUUUCAUAGAAUCAUAGAAUGGUUUGGGUUGGCAGGGACCUUUAAAGACCAUCUAAUACACCACCAUCCUUCACUACAUCAGGUUGCUCAAAGUAAGAGUCCAACCUGACCGUGAACACUUCCACUCAUGGGACAUCCACAACUUCUCUGGGUAAUCAUCUGUUCCAGUGCCCUACCACUCUCAUCAUAAAAAAAUGUCUUCUUUAUAUCCAAACUAAAUCUGUGCUUUUUCAGUUCGAAAACUAUUGCCUCUUUUUCUAUCACUACAGGCCUUGGUGAAAAGUUUGUCUCCACCUUUCUUACAAGACCCCACUCUGUGUUGAAAGGAUGCAAUAAGGUCUCCCUGCAGACUUCUCUUCUCCAGGCUGAACAACUCCAACUCUCUCAGCCUUUCUUCAUAGAGUGAUGCUCCAUCCCUCUGAGCAUUUUCAUGGCCCUGAAAUUUCUCCUUUUACAAACAAGUCAAUGAAACUGCUGCAGAGCUGAGACUGCUCUGUCUACAUCUAUCCCACAUAGGUCUCUGGUUGCUCUUGCCUUACAAUUGAUUGCUCAAACUUUUUUUGUCUUCUGCUUCCUGUAAUGGAAGGCAAUGAUAGUUAAAUGCUUUUCUCUUACCUGUCUAGUAAGCUUUCCACUAAGACUUCCUUCCUGACUUCAAAAGAAGGGCACGUACUGUUCCUUCUUUUGAUUCUUCUCUGCUGCAGCUGGUUUACUGAAAAAAAAAAAAACCAGUGUCAUUUCAUAUGGUCUCCUGUGUCCAUUUUUCGCUUUAUAGAAUUCUAUCUGAGCUUCUUGUGCAAUGCUAAAACUGGGACUUGGAAAGUGAGCCUCCAGUGGGAGUAUGGCAGGCCAAGGUUAAAAAGCCCACUAAUUAAAAAAGCAACAAACAGUACAAAUCCAUUUUUUUCAGCUGGAAAAACCCAGCACAUCCUUUCAUUCUGUCACCCUCCUCUGCUACCGCUUGGCCUUCGGAGACUGCGUGCCUCUUGCUAGGGGUGAUGGGGCAGUUGCAGGGGGUAGGGUGGCUGCCUCUGGUCCUAUGCAAAGCCCUGCAGAGCCACGUUCAUCAUGUCCAGGCAAAACAUCCAACCCUUUUUCUGCCCUGCUUCUGUUUUCUGCACCCGUCUUGCUCCAAGUGUUUUAGUCUUUGAGCUUCCAUAGCAUAUAAGCUUGGUUUGGCUUCUACCUUGCCUGCAGAACCUGAAGGAAUCAGGUAGGGUGAUAUCCACUGAUAAAAGUGUGUAGCUAACAUUUAUAAAAUACCCCAUUGUUGUUGAGCAGUGAGACAUAAAGCUUGAGGUUAAUGCAAUUUCUUUUAUUCUUCUUCCCUGGGUCUUCAUGUGAAAAAUGAACCCAUCCCCAAGCCCAAUAUACAGCAUGAUAUUUCUCCUUCUGCUGCCCUAAAAGUAGUUUGGUUACUUCCCCACUCCGUGAAUUACUGAGACGCUUUCAGCUACUGUCUAACUGUACAGAGUACCCUUUGCUAAGUAUGCAUAACGUCACUUAUAUUCAAUAACUAGCAGCUGGAAUUUGAUUUUUGUAGCUUAUCCAGAAGGCUUGUGUUCAGAUUUCCUUAACCCAGUGGUUUUACAAGAAAAUUGAGAUAUCUAUUUAAACUACGUAGAUUGUCCAUGAAAACUGGUGUCAUUCUUACUGAUGGCUUUACUCAGAGAAGAACAAAGCCCAAGUAAAAGGAGUUAUAUUUAGGCUGUAGGUUCUUAAUUCUUAAGCUUGAAAUCUCAGAGCUGAUUGUGAGCCUGCCUGGAGCCAUGAAUUUCCAUAUACAAGAUGCAGCUUUGAAAUCUUUUUCAAAGUCUUAUAUUUGAACUAUGGAAAAGCAGAGAUGAGAAGACAGUUUCUAAAGGAGAGAGGAGAGGCUUCUGUGUUGCACUGUGCCUUUCAUCUCCAAACACAAAGGACCAACAUACAGAAAAAGUCAGAGUAAGCCGAGCUGCAGCAGCUCAGCCUGAGGCUGCAGCCUGGUGUUGCCUCUCUUGCAGCAGCCCCAAGCAAAGAGCCUGGCGAGGGAAUGAGAACAGGACAUGCGAGGAUAUUUGCUGGAAUUGCUUUCCAUCUCCAGGGAUCUACAUCUCAGGGGUUUUCAGAAGCAGAAGUGGUACUUUGUAUUUAAAAGUCACUGACUUCACUAAUGAGUUUCUAAGUUUCCUGCCAAUACACCAGUUUUUACCUGCAAUUUAUGUUGGAUUAUAUUCUGAAGCGCUAAGCAAAACUCAAGAUUUUAGGAAUUGAUGCAUUUAAAUACCCCAGUGCCACCAGUAAAACAGUACCAGCUCAUUGUGUUUAUAAACCAUACAUGACUCUGCCUCUGCUAUUUUAGUUCUUGCAUGCUUUUCCAAGGUGUUAAAACUUCCUGUUGGUACUCACAGAGCUUGAGAUUCAUGCAGUAACCUGAGGAGCAGGUUAAAGCUUAAGAGAUGCUUGUUUCUGACUGGCUAAAAAAACCCUAAACCUCCCAAUUCUCAAGGGGUUCAGUUUUCACCCAUUCAUCUGUGGGGAUCUGAGGGAAAUAUGCCCAAAAACCAAGGAACAAAGUGAAUUUUGUCUUGGACCCAAACCUCAGCAUUUCCUAAGUUCUGUGUGAAACCAAUCUUAAUGCAUGGGUUUCUGCAUUUAUUUCUCAGACUAAAUUUGCCCUGAAUUGACAUGGGAUUUUUAGAAGCCAGAAGAGAUUCCAGUCAAGAAACUAAUAUAAUGUUCAUCAGCAAAAUUUGACCCAAGGCAUUAUCAAACCUUUUACACCUGUGUUAUAUAUCAGAAAAAUACUUACCAGAGAGCCAUUCUCUAUAACAGCCACUGCUUAUUAUUCUGCAUUUUGCCAUAAGCCAAAUUCAUAAAUGCAUUUUUAAUUGAUGUAAUGGAAGGCUUGGUAUUUUUUUGGGGGAAAAAAGUAACUAUAAUUCCUUCAAUUAUGCUGAAAUGUUUCAGAUAAUCUUAAAUAAAUGUCUUCUAGAAGGCUUUGCUAUUUCUUCGUUUUUAAUACCAUAAGCUAUUUCAGAAGGAAGCUUUUCGUAAGUCAGGAAAUCAAUAAA